AUGAAACACCAUCAUAGAUAUCAUUUUUUGUUUAAUGCAGAUGAACAUCCUGAAAAAGGUCAGACACCCCCAAGUGUACAGCCUGCACCUGUCUCGCCAUCAUUACUGGAUACACCUGCAGGAUGCAAUUCAGUAAACCCAUCACCUAUCCUUGUCGAAGAAUCAUCUACUUCUACAUUCAUGACAGAAACAGAAACAUUGAAUCUUAUUCACAAGAUGUUUCCAGAUAAACAUAUCCAUAAUUACCAUUCCUGUAGAAAAAAUGGCUGCGGUUCACUCUCUGUUAAGGAAUUGGGUAGGAUUGAUAUGGAGAAGUCGGGUCAGAAGAAAAAAGACAGGUUUCAACAUGACUGGUUGUUAAGGAAAAAUAUAUCUUUUUCUGAAGAAACCGGGAUGUGGUGGGCAUUGUAUGUUGAGGGUGAGGGCAUUCACUGUCUUUUGUGUAGGAAACACCACAGCAAGGCAAACCAGAACAAAAGUGAGACAUUUUCUGCCAAGCCAUCUACUCGGUUCAAGCUCAGCACUUUGAAUGAUCAUGCUGCCUCAUCCAAGCACAAAGUUACUGUUAAGAAUGAAAUGCUAAACAGAGUAUCAAUUUUUCAACAACAAAUUGAUGAAAAAGAACUUGUUAAAAAUGAUGUCUUGGAAAAGGCGUUUUACUCAAUAUACUGGCUAGCGAAGGAGGCUAUAGCAAACAGAAAACUCCCCAGUCUUCUGUCACUGAUACAGUUGCUUGGUGUGACAGAAAUGAAGUACUUUACUUACCGCUCAGCAACUUCCAUAAGGGAGAUGUUUAAUACCCCUGGAAAUGGAAUCCGUGAUGAGAUCACCACACAAAUUACAAAUCAACCAUAUGGACUUAUGGUUGAUGAUGUUGCUGACAUCAGUAACGAGGAGCAAAUGGUUGGGUUCAUUCAGUACAUUGACAGAAACACUAACAAUGUAGAAUGCAAAUUUUUGUUUUCUUCCAAUGUCUUAGAAAAGGCAGAUUCCGCAAAUGCAGAAGCUAUGUAUGAUGUCAUUAAGGGAAACCUUCAGUCGGCAGGUAUACCACUGGAUGACAUGAGAGGUUUGGCCACUGACGGAGCCAGUGCAAUGACUGGGAAAAACAAUGGACUGGCGGCAAUUAUAAAGAAGGAUGUACCAAUGAUGAUAUCUGUCCACUGCAUCUGCCAUAAAUUGGCAUUGGCAUGUACAGACACCAACAAGGACCUUAAGAAAAUCAAAGAUGCAGAAGUUGAGGUGACGCAGUUGUGGAAGGUUUUUGAUAAUUCCCCAAAGAAGUUGUCUGUUUACCUAAAGAUCCAGCAAGAGAUGAAGGCAGUGUACCUGGAAGCCAGAAUAAGUAAUAAGAUCUCCAGGAGGUUGAAGAAGGCAUGUGCUACCAGAUGGUUGUCCUUUGACAAGGCAAUUGAUGCAGUAUGCUUCGACUUGCCUGCCAUCUUGCAGACUCUGCGUCAACUGAAGGGUGAUCCUGCCUGUUACGGUCUAUUGAAGAAAUUUUCUAAGGCAAAGAAGAUUGGCACACUGUAUAUCCUUCAUGCUGUCUUGCCUAUUCUCAGUAAGCUGAGCAAAGCUUUCCAGCAGGGCACAAUCAACUUCAGCACCAUUGAACCUUGUAUCAGUCACACAAAGGAUCAGCUUCUGGAACUUGCAAAAGAGAAUGCUAUCAACGCACCCGUGAAAAAGCUGCUGGAGGACACCAAGGAUGGUAUCUUAUCAACCACUGAAAUCAGGUGUUCAGAGAAUGAUGUACAGUACUUGCAAAAAUUAUUACAUUGGGAAAACUAUAGGAAAGUCAGGAAUGACACCAUUACUCUUGUACGAGAAUCAAAGAAGAAAUUUAUUGGUAAUUUACAGAAAUCUUUAGCAAACAAAAACACAACUCCUAGCAACUGGUGGAAAAUAACUAAGGAUGUACUUAAUAUAAACAAUAAGUCUAGCCCUAUCCCUCCUCUUAAAUUUGAAGAUUCUUUUAUUCAGCAUCCCUUUGAUUAA